ACAUAGGGAAUUGACUCAAAAUCUUUUUGCUUCUCCUCCGUCAUAAAGCAUUUCUCCAUUCUUACUUCACUAGGGUUUUCUCGAUCCUCUGUAACACAGCAGCGUUGAAAUGUCACUCUCCCGGUAUCUUUCCCGGAAACCCCUUACCACCCGAAUCUUGGAGAUCCACCAUCUCCGAUCAUUUUCCACCACCGCCGCCGCUCACCCGACGGCGUUUCAUAAGAACCAGCACCCACAAAACCACAGCUUCCUGCCGCCAAACGAGUACCUGAACUCGUGGAAGCCCCCGAAGGAUCCCAAGGAGGCAGAAGCCAAGCUCGCCCUUCUUCGCCGCGACUAUGCCAAGAAGGUCAAGGAAGUUCGUAAAGAGUACAUCAAGGAGGUGGAGGUCAUGCGGCUAGAAAAGCUGAGAAAAGCUGAGGCCAAGAAGGAAGCUCUGAGGAUCGCCAAUGAGGAACGGAAGGCUACUAAAGCGGCUGAGAAGAAGGCUAAGGCUGAAGAGAGAGCAAUUUUUGAAGAGCAAUUCCGCCAAACCCUCCUAAAAGAAAGACAAGAGAAGCUUGAAUAUUGGAAGAUGAGAGAAAAAAAGAUUGAAGAGAAAAGGAAAGAGAAGAUAGAGCUUUUGCGUAAAAAGAGUUCCUUGUGGAUCGACGAGAAGUUGUUGGAGCCAAAGGCAUUUGAAGGCUCUGUUUGCCCUUCAAUUAAGGAUAUGAAAGAGACCAAAAGAUAAAGUGUUUUUCCCAGAUCUCUUGUGAUCAAUGUGGAAGAGUAUAUUUUUAAGGGGUUGAUUGUGUUCAUGUAGUAAUACACCAAUGGUUUGGAAGUGAACAGAAUGGAAUGAAGUUUCAGAUAGAAUCAGGUGCAAGUGUGUACAAUCAACUCCAACUCCCCAAUGACAUGUUUAUCUUGGUUUAUAAAGCAUUUUUUUUUCAAGCGUUCCUCUAUACUAAGCUAAUGCUCUAUAUACAAACAACCUUGUUAAAACUCUUGUCUUCAUGGUUUUAAAUUUUAAUGAAGUGAAUUCGUGCGGCAGUGCGGCUAAGAUUUGUUCGAAGAAGGGUGAAUAAUUAUUAUAAACUGAAAAAUAAAACGCACCUUGCCAUUGAA